CUGCCCCAGGGAUUUUUUCCGGAAUCUUCUUUAUAACCAGCCUCUUCCCCUGCUCACCUGCUUCACUUCUCCUUCUGUUUCUCCUCCAUCCUUCCUGCCACUCCCUCGCCUCGACGAUAACUCGUCCCCCUUCGUCUCACUCGCCGGUUCCUCUCACCUGCACUCACCACCUCACAAGAUGGAGACUGUCGUCCAGGGAACCCCCCCUCCCUACGCUACCGAUCGGAUCGACGAUAAGAAGGAUGCUUCCGCCGAUCUGGAGAACUACAAGCCUGGCUUCGAGGAAGCCGAUGCCUUCGGUAACGAGGAGCUGGCCGAAAUCAAGUACAAGACUCUGAAGUGGUGGCAAUGUGGUUUGCUUAUGAUCUGCGAGUCCGUGUCUUUGGGUGUGCUUUCUCUGCCCGCAGCAGUGGCUUCUCUGGGUCUCGUCCCUGCGAUCAUUCUUAUCGUCGGUCUUGGUAUCCUGGCCACCUACACCGGCUACAACAUCGGUCUCUUUCGUGAGCGUUAUCCUCACAUCCAGAACCUGGCUGAUGCCGGCGAAAUCCUCCUGGGUCCCUUCGGCCGCGAACUGUUUGGCUUGGGCCAGUUUCUGUUCUGCAUCUUCGUCAUGGGCAGCCAUCUCUUGACCUUCCGCGUCAUGAUGAACACUAUCACCGACCACGCCACGUGCUCGAUUGUCUUCAGUGUCAUUGGCAUGGUGAUCUCUAUGGUGCUUUCGAUUCCUCGUACCAUGAAGGGCAUGACCUGGAUCUCUUUCUUCUCGUUCCUGAGUAUCUUCAGCGCUGUCAUGAUUACGAUGAUCGGCGUCGGUGUUCAAGAGCACCCCGGCCGCAUCAUCGAGGCUACUGUCGACACCUCUCUCUACAAGGCCUUCAGCGCCGUCUCCAACAUCGUCUUCGCUUACUGCGCGCACGUGGCCUUUUUCGGCCUGAUCGCGGAGAUGGAGAAGCCCAAGGAGUUCAAGAAGUCGCUGUUCAUGCUCCAGGGCUUUGAGAUCUGCCUGUACACCACUGCGGCUAUUGUGGUCUACUACUAUGUCGGCAAGGACGUUCAGUCGCCUGCCCUGAGCUCGGCUGGUCCUCUUCUGAAGAAGGUCGCCUACGGCAUUGCCAUCCCUACUAUCGUUGGUGCUGGAGUCGUGAACGGCCACAUCGGUCUGAAGUACAUCUACUUCCGCACCUGCCACAAGUCCGACCUCAUCCACAGCCGCGGCUGGCGCUCGGUCUCCAUCUGGAUCGGUCUUGGUCUUGGCUGCUGGAUUGUGGCCUGGAUCAUUGCCGAGGCCAUCCCUGUGUUCAGCGACCUGAACGGCUUGAUUAGCGCUUUGUUCGCUAGUUGGUUCAGCUACGGUCUCAGCGGUAUUUACUGGAUCCACCUCAACUGGGGCCAGUGCUUUUCCAGCCCCAAGAAGAUUGCCCUCACCGUCCUCAACGUUGGCAUUGCGCUAUUUGGUCUGAUCCUGUGUGUGUUGGGUCUGUACGCCUCGGGCACCGCCAUCCACGAUGACGCCAACAGCAACAGCUUCACCUGUGCCAACACUGACAGCUAAUCGCCAUCAAUCUAUCCUUACGAACGAGACGAUUUCGGUGACUCCGAUGCAUACGACACGUUGGAUCUGGUGGUCGGAUUUUUUUUUUACUUAGGUUUAUGUUAAUGUUUUCUACUACGCGACGCAUGUCUUCGGCAGCAGCUGGACUCCGCUAGCCAGGGCUUCUCCACAGCGAGCGUUCUUUGCAUGAGUGCGGCGGCAUCAUGAUAU